CCUUAUUGUAACAUUUUCCACCAUACUGUUUCAGACAAUUUGUGAAAACAGGACGACAUACGAGCACUUCAAAAGGGAAUCUGUUCGGUUUAAUUCACAGUACAAGUCAGCGGUGUCUUUCAGGAGCUGAUUUAAUGAUUUGAGUCAGCUGUGUUGGAGUAGGGACACAUUUCACACGUGCAGGACACCGACACUUGGGGACUGGAGUCGAACAACAAUUACCUAAGCGAACACAAAGCAGUUCACAAACACAAUGAUGUCAUCUAUCAACUUGUUCAUUAUGAGACUAUGGAUUUAGAGUAGAAAUUGACUUGGGAAAAAUCAUGGCUACACCACUGCUGGACACCUGGUGGUAGCACAGAUCAACUCAAAUUCCUGGGAGGCUCAGUAUUUGCAUCUGCUCUUGAUUUUUAAGCAGCAGACAUUUGAGUCUGUUAAAGGUGGCAAAUUCCUCAGCAGGCCCGGUGACAGAUCCUGCAUCAUGGCAGUCGCAUUUUUCAGUUGAAAGAUGUCAUAAGUCCCUAGUCAAGUUGACCAUAGUCUUUGAUCUUUUUCUUCAAAGCUAAAUGAAGCUCUCAGAUGUUCUGGAGCCUCUGUUGCUGGUUUGUGAGCUCCACCCACUGACGAAGGCAAGGGCUGUGGGUGUAAGUUUGCAUGUGAGUGUUUAGUGGGAGGUUUCUUUUAGACUGAAACUAUGAGCCCUGAAAGAAGGUGUGGUUUUCAUGCUCUUCAGUUUGAACCGGGAACUGAGAGCUGAUAAAAGCGGCUCAGCCUGUUAUUUUCUGAGGGUUGGGAGAGAAGCAGGCAGGCAGAGACAUGGCAGAACCAGCAGCGGUGGAGGCAGCUCCUGCUCCCAAACAGCAGAACCUGUGCGGGGUCCGCUCAGGAGAGCUGAGCGAAUGUAAGCCCACAGCUUGUGGUCACUCCGUCUGCGAUUCCUGUCAAAGAGACAAAGCUAAAGGAUGUCCAAAGUGCCUUCAGAGUCCUGCUGUCAAACCAGUUCCUGGCAAUGGGCCUAAGCAGAAUGGGACAGCUGCUGCUUCUCCUGAGAAAACCAAAGAAGAACAAAGUCAAGACCCAAAGACUGUGGAGCAAGUCAAAGUACAAGGAAAGCUGAUGGAGUCUGAGGCCCCCAAAGCCCCAGUAGAGAGUGAGACAAAACCAGAGCCACAGACUGACCAGGGGCCAGAACCAGAGGAAGCAAAGGAGGAGCCACUGGGUCCCGAUGAUGUGGUGUGUGACUCCUGCAUCGAAACCCCCUGCAGGGCCUUGAAGUCCUGUCUCACCUGUAUGGUGUCCUACUGCGAGGCCCACCUCCGCCCUCACCUGGAGAACCCAAAGUUUCAGAACCACAGGCUGGUGGAGCCGCUCAGGGACAUUGAGAGGCGUACCUGUGAGAGUCACAAGUGGCCCUUGGAGCUUUUCUGCUGCGCUGAUGCCUGCUGCAUCUGUCAAGACUGUUUGAAAGAGGAGCACCAAGGUCACAAGACAGCCCCUGUGGAGGAGGCUCGGAGACAGAUAGAGAAAGAGCUCAGCGAGAAACAGACGCAGAUGAUGAAGAUGGUUACGGCAGGAGACAACGCCAUCAGCAAACUCCAAGACAACAGAGUUUCUAUCGAGCAAUCAGUGACAAAGGUACGAACUGUGAUCGAGAGCCAGUUCCAGGAGCUUCAAGUGAUGGUGGAGAAGGCCAAGAAGGAGGUGACGGAGAUCCUGGAGGCUGAGGAGAGCCAGGCGCUGAAGCAAGCCGAUGGCAUCCAGGUUCACCUGGAGCAGAAGUACACAGAGCUGAAAAAAGCUCAGGCCCAAACGGAGAAGCUUUCCAAAAAUAAAAAUGAUGUAGAUUUCCUGCAGGAAUAUGCUGAGUGGAAGAAAGAAGCCACUGAUAAUUCUCUAUCUGGUAUCUACGUUGGCCUGGAGGAUCGUUUGGACUCCUUCAGUCAGGUGAUCCAGGAGUCCACAAGCAAUCUUUGUGACAUGCUGGUGUCUACAUACGUUCAGAAGGUCAAGGAAAAAUGCAACAAUGACGAAAUAGGAAUAAAGAUAACAGUCCAAACGAAUACCGCAGCCAAGCAUGACGGAUCCAAAUGCGACCCAAAGACACGUGCUGACUUUCUCCAGUAUGCCGCUCAAGUAAGUUUCGAUGCCAGCACGGCCCACAAGUUCCUCCGCCUGACUGAGGAGAACAAGAAGGUAACCAACACCACGCCCUGGCAGCAUCCUUAUCCCGAUGUUCCUGAACGCUUUGAGAACCAUCGGCAGGUCCUGGCUGCUGAAAGCUUCUAUGUAGGUCGGCACUACUUUGAGGUCGAUGUUAGCGGUGACGGCACGCAUGUCGGGGUCACAUACAAGAGCAUUGACCGGAAGGGGGACGAGAGCAGCAGCUGCAUUACAGGAAACAACUUCUCUUGGUGUCUCCAGUGGAACGGGCGAACCUACUCGGCGUGGCACAGUGACAAGGAGACACCACUGAACAUGGAGAGGUUCACUCGAAUUGGUGUUUACAUUGACUAUUCCCAAGGCCUUCUUUCUUUCUAUGGGGUGGACAAUACCAUGACACUCCUUCACCAGUACCAGGCCCAGUUUCUAGAGCCUCUUUAUCCGGCUUUCUUCCUGCCCAAGAAAGAGAAUAUUGUAGUUCUGGUGGCUCCUGGGGAACCGUUACCGCUGAAAAGCCCCUCUCCCUCUACUUCACCUGAAGAUGGACCUUUUGAUUCACAAUCCUAAACAAUAAAACCUUAAAAAAAACUGAACUGUUCCAUGAUUACAUCUGAAAAAGGGAAACAUGGGAACUUUUGACAUGUUCAACCUGUUUGCGUAGUUGGAAAAUCAAUGUUCCUGUGCUUAUGAAUUAUAUUUUUGGCUUUGGGAGUACUGUUACUGGAGGAUUUUCUGUUACUGUUUUGCAUGGAAAUAAAAAAAUUGCUUUUCA